AUGUUACUAUUAGAUGGGAAGUGUAGACGAGGAAUCCAAACAAUAAAUGUUAAUACUGAGGACAACAACCCAGGGCACCGUUGUCUGCAUGAAAAACUGAGUUCACAACCCAGCCUGAUAGCAGAAUCCUUUCCUCUUCUUCCUUGUGAUCUCUGGGUGAAAGCUGCUCUUUCUCACGCAGUAAUACUGAUAGUGAAUCAGAAACAGCUGAGAUUGAAAAUAAUUUCCAGAGAGCAACUCCAGAGACUGACCAGGGAGACAAUUCGUCCCACUUGUCUGGAUUUCUUCACCGAUCCGGUAAUACUGGAGUGUGGACACAGCUUCUGCCGUUCCUGUAUUACCCAGAGUUGGGAAAGGAAGGAGUCAAACUGCCCGGCAUGUCGACAGGAGUUUCCAGAAAGAAACCGCAGCGGAAAAAGGAUCAUAAAGAAGCUAGCCGAGGUGUCUGGAAAAUUAAAGCUGGAUUCAAAAGAGAAGGAAAGUAAACUGCAUCGUGAAAAGCAUCAGAGAGAAUUAAAGCUGUUUUGUAAAACCGACAAGAAAUUGAUCUGUGUCAUUUGUAAAGACUGUGCCUCACACUUCGAGACCAGAUUUUUACCUGGAAAUGGUGAAGUCAAGAUGUACGAAAAGAAAGUGAAAUAUUCCUUAGAUUCUGUCACAGUGAAGAAAUCGGCUGUUCUAAAAACGAAAGGGAAGCAGAAACGGAAGAUUUCCGAAGUGAGGGUGAGGAACAUUCUGCAGACCCACAUCACAUCCGAGUUCACUAAAAUGCACCAGAUUCUCGCUGAGAAAGAGCAGUGUUUACUCAGAGAUCUCAGGGAAGAAGAGGAGAGGGUUAUGGAACCAAUGGAGAAGAACCUUCGAGAGAUUCAGGAGAAUUUAAAUUCUAUUGAGGAGAAACUCUCAAAUUUGCAGAAACAGAUGGAACAAAAAGAUGAGUUAAUAUUUCUCAAGGACGCAGCUUGUCAGAAGAGAAGGAUUAGUGUGGAUGUUAACAGACUCUCAGCUGCUGAUGCCUCUCUGUCUCUGGGACAGUUCGCUGGCCCUUUACAAUACACAGUCUGGAGAGAAAUGGUACACACCAUUCACCCAGCUCCAGCCUCUCUGACUCUGGAUUCGAACACAGCGCAUCCCCGGCUCAUCCUGUCUGAGGACCGGACCAGUGUGAGACUCGGAGACAAACCGCAGCCGCUCCCUGACUCCCUGGAGAGAUUUGAUCCCUGUCUCAGUGUCCUGGGAUCAGAGGGAUUCACAUCAGGGGGACAUUACCGGGAGGUGGAGGUGGGGGAGAAGACCUGGUGGAUUCUGGGAGUGGCCCGGGAGUCUGUGAAGAGGAAAGGGAAUAUCCACCCGGCGGAGGAGACCGGAUUCUGGAUUGUGGGGCUGUUUCCCGGAAAAGGUUAUUUAGCCUCCACCUCCCCGUCAUUGACCCCCUUCUCCCCGAGUGUGAAUCCCCGGAAGAUCGGGGUUUUCCUGGACUAUGAAGGUGGACAGGUGUCAUGUUACAAUGCGGACACCAUGUCCCACCUCCACACUUUCACCCACACUUUCACUGAGAGGAUCUUUCCCUACUUCAGUCCAGGACGGAAUGUUGCUGGGUAAAGCUCCGCCCCGCUGACAAUCUGUGGGAUUAAGGGCACUGAUAGAUCCAUCCCAUAA